AUGCGGGUCUGUGGGCGGAUCCAUCAGUCUUUAAGCACACACACACACACACACACAGCGAAUGUCUGCUCUCACACUCAUCCACAUCACCGGAUCUGAUCGGACGCGGGUGUUUCUCUCGGUGGAGAUGAUGCUGUCGCUACGGUGACUCCGUCCGCUCUGUGAUUGGCUCGUUGUGUGUGCGUCGUCAUGGCGAAGAGUCCAGAGGUGAAGCUGGCCGUGUUUGGCAGAGCAGGGGUGGGAAAGUCAGCUCUGGUGGUUCGGUUCCUGACCAAACGCUUCAUCUGGGAGUACGACCCUACACUCGAGUCCACCUACCGCCAUCAGGCCAAUAUCGAUGAUGAGACGGUCAGCAUGGAGAUUCUGGACACCGCCGGACAGGAGGACGUGCUCCAGAAGGAGGGUCACAUGCGUUGGGGCGACGGGUUUAUCCUGGUCUAUGACAUCACGGACCGCGGGAGCUUCGAGGACGUGGCUCCGCUGAAGGGCCUCCUGGACGAGGUCAAGCGGCCCAAACACGUGCCUCUGGUGCUGCUGGGAAACAAGGCGGAUCUGGACCACGCCCGGCAGGUGGCCACGGAGGAGGGCGAGCGUCUGGCCGCUGAUAUGGCCUGUGCGUUCUACGAGUGCUCGGCGUGUUCGGAUCAGGUGGGGACGGGUGGAGGCGUGGCGGAGGCCUUUCACGAGCUCUGCAGGGAGAUCCGCCGCAGACGCGCUGUUCAGGGCAAAACCCGCCGCCGCAGCUCCACCACACACGUCAAACAGGCCAUCAACAAGAUGCUGACCAAGAUCAGCAGCUAAAGCAUCUCUGCAUAUACACUGCUGCUCAAACAUUUGGGAUUAGGAAGAUUUUUAAUGUUUUUAAAGAAGUUUCUUCUGCUCAUCAAGUCUGUAUCUAUUCGAUCAAAAAUACAGAAAAAAACUGUUAUUUUGUGAAAUAUUAUUGCAAUU